UUGGGAUAAUUGAGAUUUCAACUAGUUUGAUGUUUAUUAUUUUUCGUUUUAUUUAUCUUUUUGAUAGACCUAAAUGGCCUCCAUGGAUGUGCAGACACCUUAGAUAGGAGCAGAGAAUGGCAUUUUGGAUACUACAAGCACAAGUGAAGGGUACGUAAGGAACGAGAUGGGCAUUGGUGAACGUCAGAAGACCCGGUUUGUCUCCUAAGAAGUGGAUCCUCGCACGUUAUGACUGGCGUCAAGGACUUAACCCAACUUUAGAAAUGCAGGCAAGACAACAAGAAGUACAAUACAUAAUGUAUUAUUUGUAUUAACCACCAACACAACCAUUCAAGCGUCUUCAUGCCCCUCAGAAGCUCAUCUGAGCUGGUUUUUCCCCCUCCAACCGCCAUUCUGUAGCUUCAACCUUCUCCAAUUAGAAAAUUAACUUUUUUCCUUCUCUCUGUGUUGCUCUCUUCCCCACACCCCAAAGCUUAAACCCGUGUUCCAAUUCGUGGGUUUAUAAUUGUAGUUCGAAUGAGCGACCGCAUUUCACCUAUCAAGUUCAAAUUUUUAAAGUUGGGUUUACUUGCAAUCUGAUUCUUAGCCAUAAAAAGGUGGGAACUUUAUUGGUUCAUUGUUGGGGUUUGAGAAGUUGAAUUGGGUUUUUGUCAAGUAGUGGUUUAAAGUUUAAACCCAUGAAGAAUUUUCCCUGGUUUAGACAAAUCUCCAACAAUGGGAAAUCCGGGAGGAGGCUGUCUCUGGGAGAGUACAACAGAGCUGUUUCUUGGUCAAAAUAUUUGGUGUCACCAGGAGCAGCGAUUAAGGGAGAAGGAGAGGAAGAGUGGAGUGCAGAUAUGUCUCAACUGUUAGUGGGAAACAAAUUUGCAUCUGGAAGGCAUAGUAGGAUCUAUAGAGGGAUAUAUAAACAGAGAGAUGUUGCGAUUAAGCUUGUAAGCCAGCCUGAGGAGGAUGUAGACUUGGCUGCUGUGCUUGAUAAACAGUUUACUUCAGAGGUCGCCUUGUUGUUUCGGUUGCAGCAUCCCAAUAUCAUCACUUUUAUUGCAGCUUGUAAGAAACCUCCCGUGUUUUGUAUAAUCACUGAGUAUUUGGCUGGAGGUUCAUUGCGUAAAUACCUCCACCACCAAGAGCCACAUUCAGUUCCACUCAACCUGGUUCUAAAGUUAGCCCUUGACAUUGCUCGUGGUAUGCAAUAUCUUCAUUCACAAGGAAUACUUCAUAGGGACCUAAAAUCAGAAAAUCUGCUGCUUGAUGAAUAUAUGUGUGUGAAGGUCGCUGAUUUUGGUAUCUCAUGCUUGGAAUCUCAAUGUGGUAGUGCGAAGGGAUUCACAGGGACAUAUCGUUGGAUGGCUCCUGAAAUGAUCAAAGAGAAGCACCAUACCAAGAAAGUUGAUGUUUACAGUUUUGGCAUUGUGUUGUGGGAGCUUUUGACUGCAAUGACACCAUUCGACAACAUGACUCCAGAACAGGCUGCUUUUGCAGUCUCUCAUAAGAAUGCAAGACCACCAUUACCUCCAGCAUGUCCGGUGGCCUUUCGUCAACUCAUUAACCGGUGUUGGUCAAGCAAUGCGGAUAGGCGACCGCAUUUUGAUGAGAUAAUUCUUCUUUUGGAAUUUUAUGCUGAAUCCCUGGAGGAGGAUCCUGAUUUUUUUUCUAUUUACAAACCUUCCUCAGAUCUUGCGAUUCCGCGAUGCUUACCUACAUGUAUUGCUAGCCGGUCUAGCUUCUUCAAAAGCCUACAACACUAAGUGUACCAUAUUCUUUUCCAUGUCUAGGUUUAAAUAAAGGACUAAGUCACAAAAUAAACCAUCUAUUUUGCAAAAUAGGUCGAUUGAGCCUGUGUAUUUUUUUCCCUUUGGGUUAUUCAAGCGUUUCUACUUUGAACAAUGGAAAGCCGUAAUAAAUAUGAUACGAUGAAAAAUGAUGACAUCAAAAUGGAGUCACAAAACC